AUGAAGGUUCUCAUCGCGACGAUGCCCUUCGCGGGCCACAUCCAUCCGAUGCAGCCGAUCGCUCUCGCCCUGAUCCGUCGUGGCCACACCGUCGCGUGGCUCACAUCUGCAUCUCACGAACACCUCGUCCGCCCAACCGGCGCAACCUUCAUCCCCUCUCCUCCAGGUCUCGCGCGCCAUGAUGAACGUGUGUUGGUGCCAGAUGCGGGAACGUCGGGCCUCGCAGCUGUGGUGUCGACGCUGCGAAAGCUCUUUCUCGAUCGCAUUCCGGAUCAAGUUGCUGCUUACCAAGAGGUUCUAUCAACCUUCCCGGCAGACAUAAUUUUGGUGGAUCUCACGGCAUACGGGGCGCACUGUUUUCGCGAUCGUACCGGAACUCCAUACGCGACGUUGGGGAUCAAUCCGCUCGUCACAUUUGACCCCGAAGUCCCGCCCUGGGGCACCGGAUGGCAGCCGCCUUCAACCAUUUUCGGGCGGUGGGUGAAUUCAGUGGCUCACAAAGUCGCAACUUGGCUGUUGUAUCCGAAGCUCACAGCAAUAUUGAACACACACCGGGCCAAACUUGAUCUUUCUCCCCUUCCACCGACGGGAUUCUAUGACACGACAAGGUCUGAUGUCCUGCACAUUAUGCCAACAACACCUGCGUUUGAGUUCCCACGCGACUUUCAUCCAUCCAUCAAGUGGGUUGGACCGCUACUUCCCCUAUUCAACGAAGAAUCAUUUACUUCACCGCCGAUCUGGUGGAAUGAGAUGCUGGCACAUCCGAAAGAGAAAGUCGUUCAUGUCACGCAAGGAACAUGGGCAACCACCGCAACGAACCUCAUUCUCCCGACACUCGCAGCUCUACGUGAUCGUUCUGAUCUGCUAGUCAUCGCAACCACGCCAGACGCGGAAAAGUCCUUACCAGUGUCGUCGCUGCCUAGGAAUGCACGAGUAGCGUCAUUUGUACCCCACGCGAAGCUUUUGCCACAUGUUGGCGUGAUGGUCACAAAUGCAGGCUACAAUGGCGUGCUUGUGGCAUUGACAUGUGGAGUCCCGUUAGUCUGCGCCGGCCGGACGGAGGAUAAGGCCGAUGUCAGUUCCCGGGUUGCGUGGAGUGGAGCUGGGAUUGAUCUGGGCACGGAUACACCAAGUAUGAAAGCUAUCAGGGAUGCGGUGGGUAAGAUCGUUCGGGAUGAGAAGUAUCGCAGGGCGGCGGAGAGGAUUCGAGAUGAUUUCAAGAAGCAUGAUGGGCCAAAAGAGGCCGUUGACGCUCUGGAGGAAAUUCUCAACCGUAGCCAAAAAUGA